ACUCAAUUAAGGUUGAAAUCUGCAUCUGUAUCUGCUAUGCUACUAUGCAUAGCAUUGGCGAAAGGGCUCGGCGCCGAUAGAAGAUGAGGCGGUACAAGUGGGUUCCAAAGUUCAAAAGUCCCACAGGUGGCUGCCAAGAUGCAGGGACCUUACGUAGCAGGCACACGAAGACGGAUGCAACGGCGCUGCGUGUGUAACAGCAACCACACUCGAUUACACAUCCCCUCCCCACCUGUAGUACUGCUGUGGACGGAGACUCCUUUUAUACGCUUGUCUCCUUGAUGUGUUUACGUGUCUUCGUCGCCACACCACACUAAACCAUCCCGGGAACGCAGUGCAGCUGAAUGCCUGCGCCCUGACCUGCAGUCCCUUUUCUGCCCUCACACCUCUCCCAGUUCCAUGUCCAGCGGCAUUGAAGUCAGCGGAAGCCAACGACGACCCGGCAUUUGGUCUUACUUUAGUUUUUCUGGCCCACGCCGUCGUGUCUCCGUCUCCCUGCCUCGCAACUCAGAUCCCAAUCGCGGCGUCGACGACGACGACCCUCACGCAAAAGCCGCUAGACACUCCCGCAAUCGCUCAUCCUACUCGGACGCAUUCAUGAACGAACACAAGGGCGGCGCCGUCAUGAACCAAGGGCAGCGGCUACGCUACCUCAAAACGGGGGGUGUCAUUGCCUUUAUACUCCUCGUGCUGUAUUUUAUUGCGCCCAGCGACCGCAUCUCAAGACCAGGCGCGGUAUCGCCUGCCCCCGGAGGUAAUGCAGCAACCGGUGAAGCAACGGCCGAGUGCACCAAGUCCUAUCACAAGGACAAGCCCCUCUACCAGUAUGCCCUCAUGAUCGACGCCGGCAGCACUGGCUCGCGUAUCCACGUUUACAAGUUCAACAACUGCGGUCCCAGCCCUGAGCUGGAGAAGGAGGAUUUCAAAAUGACACCCAAGAAGGAGGGAGGAUCCGGUUUGUCAGCUUACGCGGACGAUGCAGAGGCUGCUGCACGGAGUCUUGAUGUCCUCAUGGAAGUUGCUCUCAAGAGCGUGCCCAAGGAAUACCAAUCUUGCACUCCUGUUGCCGUAAAGGCCACUGCCGGUCUCCGGAAGCUUGGCGAGCAGAAGAGCAAUGACAUUCUCGCUGCUGUGCGUCGUCAUCUGGAAAACGACUUCCCCUUCCCGGUUGUAUCUGAAGAAAAGAAAGGCGUCGAAGUUAUGCCUGGCGAGAUGGAGGGCGUAUACGCAUGGAUCACCGUCAACUAUCUUCUCGGCAAGAUUGGCGGUCCCGACAAGAACCCUACAGCCGCAGUCCUUGAUCUGGGUGGUGGUUCCACACAAAUCAUCUUCGAGCCUACGUUCCCCGACACACCCCGAGGCGGACUGCCAACGAAGCUCGCAGAGGGCGACCACAAGUACGAACUCAGCUUUGGUAACCGCAACUUUGACCUAUACCAGCACUCGUACCUUGGCUAUGGCUUGAUGGAAGCCCGCAACAACCUGCACAGCACGAUUCUCACGAGCCUCCACGACACGCACAAGGACAACCGCGAAUACCUCAAGCAGCCCAUUGUCAAUCCCUGCAUCCCUCCUGGCAUGUCGCGCGAGAUUGAAGUCCACAUGCCCAAGGGCCACGCAUUGGGCGACUCGCUCACCGUCAACAUGACCGGUCCCUCUACCUCUGCACCAACCCAGUGCCGCGGGCUGGCAGAAAAGACUCUGCACAAAGACGACGAAUGCGCCAUUGCACCGUGCGCCUUCCGCGGCGUCCACCAACCCCCCUUUGCACAGACUUUUGCCACGGAAGCCGUAUACCUCCUCUCGUACUUUUACGACCGCACACAGGAACUCGGCAUGCCCGAGUCGUUUACCCUCCGCGAGCUCCAGGACCUCGCGGACAAGGUGUGCAGCGGCGAAAAGGGCUGGGACGUCUUCUCUGCUGCCCCCCAGGCCCUCGACGAGCUCAAGGGCCGUCCCGAAUGGUGUCUCGAUCUCAACUUUCAGUUUGAGCUCCUUAGGAGUGGAUACGGUAUGCCUAUUGAUCGUGAAGUUAAGAUUGCGAAGAAGAUUAAGGGGAAUGAGCUUGGGUGGUGUUUGGGUGCUAGUCUUCCAUUGCUCGAGGCGAACUCUGGAUGGCAGUGUAAGAUUAAGCAAGUGCAGUAGAUGAUGAGGGUUGUUGAGUUGAGAACGGAUAAAGUUUUAAUAUAGAGGUGCACUUGAGAUGGUGCUGGUGCAAAGCUUUCGGUUUAUCCUUCCCCCCCUUCCCCCGCUGCUGAAGCAAAAAUCCAUGGGGAAAGUGGAGGAGACAUGGGUUUAGGCGUUUCUUGUAUUUUGCUCAACGAGAGGGGAUUGAAGGGGAACGAAAAAAGAUUUUAAUCAUUUUACCACACUUACAUUGUGGAUUAUCACAAGGGGGGGAGGAAAUCAUGAAUUGGGUAUCUACUUAUAGACUGUUUUAGAUGGAAGAAAAAUGAAGCCCUUUUUU